AUGUCUCGACCUCGAAGUCGUUUCAUGCCUUCAAGACGUUCUUUACCAUUCAUCUUAUUGAGUACUAUAUUUGUAUUGUACAAAUCUAUUCCAGCGGAAUAUUCAACUCAAGCAUUCCCUUCAUUUUCAUCAUAUCUAUCUGCGGAAGACGUAUUCUAUCCACAUUCAUUAAGUACCAAAUCAGCAGGUGAUCAUGGUACUUUUGUCGAAACUAGCGCAUACGAUUUACCUAAAUUGAUUAGAUCAAGAAGGGAUGUCAAGGAAGAGAAUCAAGGUGGAAUUGAUGGAUUAAGAAUCGCCGUUUUAGAACAUGCAGGGUUUCAUGAAGAGGUCGUUGGAGCCGUCAUCAAGACGUUGACUGAUAUAGGCGCUAACUUCACUCUUUAUCGUGACAAUUUCCGAUGGGGAUAUGCGGAAGUUUUAUCAUCUGGGAUGAAUUAUACAAUACCACCAACACCUUAUUCUGAUGGAACGUUCGCUUCGGCAGUAUCGAAUGGAGAGAUAGACGUUACGAUUCAUAUUUCAUGUGAUCACGCAUUUUGGAAUUGGCCUAAAAACAACUUGGCUUACGAAGCAAUGAAAGAAGCUAAAGACAUGCAAGUCGUUUGUAUGUUACAUGAAUUAGAAAAUUUAAGUGAACAUGAAAGGAAAAGUUGGGAAUUAGCUGCUAAACAAGAAAGAUUAACUUAUCUAACAUUGAGUAAACAUGUUAAAAAUUAUUUGAAAUCUGAAGUUUUGAAAUGGGCGGAUAUACUUAAAGAAACUAGUUGGGGUAAUGUUCAAGUUGAAGAAUUCGUUCCUAUUUUCCCAGUUGAUGCUUCAAGAUUACCCGAUAGUGAUCUCGUUCAAGUUGAAGAAUAUUUCCCAAAACGAGCUGAAUCGAUACCAUCUCGAUUAGCGAUUUUGGGCAAUAUCCAACCUUGGAGAAGAACUUAUAAUCCGAUUUUGAAAGAUCUUCAUUCCGCAAUUCAAGAUGACCCAGAAGCAUGGGGAUAUCUUCCAUUAUCCGACGAAUCAAAUUCCACUUAUAUUUCCUCGAACGAUAAAUCCAGACCACCUGUGACUUUACAUUUCAUAGGAUCUUUAGCACCAAGUGCACAACUCGAAAUCCCUGAUUCAAUGAGAGAUAUGGUAUUUAUCCAUUCCGGUCUGGAAUAUAUUAGCUUUUACCGUCUUUUAGGUUCCAUGGAUUUGGUGUUACCUGCUUUUAUGGGAUGGACAUAUCUUGAAAAGAAACUGAGUUCUGCUAUUCCAGCAGGAAUAGUUAGUCGAGUACCUAUACUCGGAUCAGAAUUACUUUUGAACGCCUAUCAGUUUUUACGUGAUCCAUCAAUCGUAUUACAUGCUCCUGGACUCAAAGAGAUUGAAGCCAUUUCAUUAUUACGAAAAGGUAUUGAUCCUAAUACUCAACACAAACCUUUAUUACCUGCGUCAUCAUCAUCAUCAUCAACAGACGAUAAUGCUUAUGAUACACAACAAUCCAAUCGGGGUUCUGGUCAACUACCUAUGGGAAUGCGAAACAGGAAAAGGGGAAAUGUCGUCUCCUCGAAAUCAUUCGGCGCAACCAGAGAGGACUGGGAUCAAUAUCACGAUAAAUUAUAUGAAGCAAACAGUGAAAUGAUGUUUGAUUUAUUGGACAAAUUGAGUAGAAAGAUUGAGAUGAGGAAAAGUCUCGAAAAAUUUUAG